AUAUCCAUCAAUAUGACGCGAAGCAUACUGUACAACAAGGCUUUCAAGCGACUUUCAGAAUGUUUAGCUUUUCUUUUCUAAACACAAUUAUAUCAUUACGUACGCUACUCCAGCCCCACCCAGAACUUCCAGGAACACGUUCCGUUACAAAAUAGGCAAUAGGCUUUAUUCUUAAACACACCUCGUGACUUAUCAUGGCUUAUUUACAUCUCGGGAUUUUCCCUUUCGAACCCGGCCCGGGUACAUAAAUACCCUGACAUUGAAGAAGAUGUUCAUUAGUAGUCUACGAAUCAAGGCUAACAACCAAAGUGCAAGAUCAACCUCGGGGAUAAAACACAAACAUCACGUCAACCAUGAAAGACGAAAAGAGAUUGCAUUUCACUCCAUCAGAUGUGCAAACACUCCGAAGCUUUUGCGUAGAGUUGGAUCGCUUGCAAAAGCAACUCGAAGAUGAGCUGAAGCCCAAGUUACCAGCCAGUCUUGGUGACCAUAUAAAACUCGUGCAGUUUGAAGAGCUCACAAAGUCUACCAUCGAUAGGGCGACCGACGCGGGAAUACUUAGUGACGAAAUACAGAGAUUCCUUAGAAUCGCAAGAGCCGUGAAACUGAUCAAGAGCUCAAGUGAUGACGAGAUAGAAAAAUUAAGCGACCGAUUAGAAUCAUAUUUAAUUGAUAUCUCAACUUUUAUGAAAAGAGUGCUACGAGAAAACAGAGUUUUGCCACCACAGCCACAAGACUUAAACGGCUUAAAAGAGCGACUGGACGAGUAUACGCGGUCGUUCUUGGAAGUGGUCGACAAAGAAAACACAGAGAGCGGUAACAUCAAAGACUCAGUCGUGGAUGACGUCAGAAAUUACGUGGUUGUACGGACACUGGCACAAGCAAUGCUGAUCUUUAAAGGCGGUCUUGGUCAUGUGAUUGGAUAGAUUCUUUGACUGUCUUGAGCCUGCUGAUCGAAAUAAAAACUGCGUUAGCUAUAUAUAUAGUUUAUAUUUAUUGUAUUUAUAACGUAUUUUGUGUUAAAAAGUUAAACAGAUUUUGAAAAAUAAAAUAAGAAAUAUUAAUUGUAACUGUCGUUGGACAAUUUGUUUUCUCACAUAUCGGUCAUUUUCCCUCUUUUCAUUCUACUCCGCCGCUAUUUUUCUCGCUUCGCU